GUAACAAGGCAACUUUUGGCGAUUUUCAAGCAACCUUAACGUUGCAAAAAUAGUCCGCAUGCGGCUCAACAUCAAUCUGCCUUAAAUCCGACGACCAUUCUAGAAGCCGGCGGUCUCCACCCACAGCAACAUUCUUUGGUAGCAUCGUGCAGGCUUCCUGGUCUUAUAGGCUUUUCACCAUAGGUCGCAGCAAUCUGUCAUGGUGGAAGCCACGGAUGCCACGAUGGCAUCGCCAUCGCAACUUCCGUCUGCACAGCCCAGGUCAAUCCUCAGAGGCCAUCAGGCUCAGGUGCAUGCUGCGGCCUUCGUCAGAGGCAAUCAACGCCUCGCCUCUGGUGACGCCGAAGGAUAUGUCGUGCUAUGGGACUUGACCAUUAUGCGCCCGCGUGCCGUGUGGCGAGCUCACACAAAUGCCAUUUUGGGUAUCGCCUCGUGGGGUAUGGACAAAAUCAUCACGCAUGGUCGCGACAACCAGUUGAUCGUAUGGAAAGUCUCCGCGGAUGACGAGGCUGCUUUAAGCACCACACUCCCACUGGAUCCAUCACUACUACCUAGACCCCAGCCGUGGAUACUUCACAUCCUUGAAGUCAACACUAUGAACUUCUGCUCGUUUAGUAUCUGUCCUGUGGGCUCAAAUGAGUCAAAUGAGGAACUUCUUGUUGCUGUACCAAACACCCUGGUAUCUGAGGCAGUCGAUGUAUAUCAACUUCCCAGCCAGAACCGGUUGCAUACAAUUCAUCCCACCGACAAAGCUGAGGAGAACGGCAUGGUGAUGUCGUUAGCCUUGUUUCACCUGGAUGCCUCGCUUGCUCUCGUCACUGCAUAUGAAAAUGGAAUCACAACCGUUCUCCAACUAGACGGAAACGGCGAGUGGGUGGUCCUUUACAGGGCACAAAGUCACAGCCAACCGGUUUUAUCACUGAGCAUAUCUCCAAGCUGUGAAUACUUCAUCACAUCUGGCGCUGAUGCUCUUGUAGUCAAACAUCCCAUUCCGAGGCAGAGUCUAGAGCAGUCUGCAAGUGAGCAACCUCUUCAACAGAGAUUCGGUGAUUCUCAGCAAGCUAGACCUGUCAACGGGAAAUCUUUGCUGUCGGCUGCUUUGUCAGUAGAGCCCAACCCUGCGCAGCCAUCCCUGAAGAAGGCAAUUCAAGUAAGGACUAAGCCUCUGAAAGUCCUCAAUAGUAAACACUCCGGCCAGCAGAGCUUGCGUAUCCGCUCAGAUGGCAAAAUAUUUGCAACAGCAGGUUGGGAUUCAAAGGUUCGCGUCUAUUCAGCUCAGACGAUGCGGGAGCUUGCAGUUCUCAAAUGGCAUCAAGCUGGAUGCUAUGCAGUGGCCUUCACCACAUUGAACUGUUCCACACCUGAAGCCCCGGUACAUGAAGAGAGCACAGAGAGUACCGCGAAUGCAGAAGCUGUCGCCACUACCUCAAAAAUGGUAAACUUAAACGUCAAAGAUAGACGCAUUAAGCAAGCGAGGCAGGCUCAUUGGUUGGCAGCUGGAAGUAAGGAUGGCAAGAUAAGUCUGUGGGAUAUAUACUAAGGAUUUGAUACCCGAAUAUAGAGAAAUGACGUCGUAAAGCUCCAGAGAAGGAAGAAGGCUACCAUCUAUUUAGCGUCGAGAAAGAGACGAACAGGUUUUCAUGCAGGGAGGAUAUGCGACGGGCCCUUGCGCUACUGCGUUAUAUUUCCACUGCGUCGUGGCGUGCAUUCGACGUAAAUGGUUCUCUAUUCUAUUGACACUCUCCCAACUCGCCCAGUCUCCCAUAACUGGUCAUUGUUAAAUUUAGAGUGUCCUAGUGGC